UGCAGACUCUCAGAACCGCAGGCAAGUCAGCACGAGCAGACACGCGCCACACAAGGUGCAUGCACAAUACAUACAUUCCCAUGUAACGAAUAAACACUUGAAUACACAAUCCUCGCUCAGAAACAUGCCCACGCGUGUAUGCACGACAUUUCAAUCACGCACAUAUAUAUAAUAUAGGCUUGCUUUUAGAUUGGCGUUUUCCUUGAUGUACUUUAUAUAUAAUGAAAAAAAAAUUCUUGAAGUACGUAUAUAUAAUAUAAGCUUGCUUUUAUAUUGGCGUUUUCCUGGAUAUGUUAUACUUGUCUGUACCUAAUCUCACAGACAUAUACAAUCUCUCACACUGAGUUAAGUUAUUUAACCUCAUUAUGUUGGCGUAUAGCCAAUAUUCAGUUGGGCUGAUGCAACCUCACAUCCCAUCUAUCCGGUACACUGCAAAGUAUAUGAGGACCACCAGACACUGCUCAACGCUCAGGCCGAGUAUGUGUAAUACUAAUAUAAGCUUAGGUAGUAGAUCCAUAGAUAGUAGAGCGUCUGCUAGUUUGCAGAGGCUGUCGCCCCUGAGAUACUUCAGACGAAGUCAUGUGAAUUCACCCGAGAACUGGAAAGAACAUUCGCACCACAAUGACACCGCGGCUAUUUCCGCAGCAACGGUGCUGCUCAUCAGAGACGGCGCAGAUGGCCUCGAGACGUUGCUGCUGCGCAAAAACGCAAAGAUCACAUUUGGCGGGAUGUGGGUCUAUCCAGGAGGCAAGGUGGACGACGACGAUCGCAUAGGUCUACAGCCGCACGACGAUAUAACCGCAGCCCGUCGAGCGGCUGCGAGAGAGACAGAAGAAGAAACUGGGCUGAAAGUGGACAUUGAUCUCAUGCUCCCGUUUGCACACUGGCGACCGCCCAACAAAGUGCUGCCCAGAGUGUACCUGACAUGGUUCCUGUUGGCUCCUGCUCCGAAAGAUUGUGAAGUAACAAUAGACGAUGGAGAGAUCUUGGAGUAUGCGUGGAUGUCACCGCAGGGAGCCAUAGACAAACGCAACAGAGGUGAGAUAGAACUAGCACCGCCCACAUACGUCAGUCUGCUGGACAUGAGCCAAUGGCACACAGUGCGUGAAGCCAUGGACGCGGUACGACAGCGCACCCCCGAGCACUACGAGACCCAGUUUUCUCGGGUGCAGGUGCAGGUGCAGUCGGGUGUCCCUGGAGAAGAAAACGGACAGGCGGGGCACGGGGAGGGACUAAAGAAGGACCAAGUGGUGCUACUGUGGCAUGGAGAUGAGCACUUUACCCCUUUCGACGGUGUGGUGGGUGCGAGACAUCGCAUGACCAUGGGCAAGGAGUGGAUAUAUCAGCGUAAUAUUUGAGGCAUAAUCAACUUGUAAAUAGAUGCUAGAUUUAGGACUUAAAUAGGACAGAAAUAAAACAGAUAUAGGACCGA